AGGCGCCGGCGCGUCGCCGUCGAACGACGAGAAGAGAUAGCGCGCGGCUCACCUGACACACGCAGCGCCGAGUUCCGCGCGCGUCAGACGCUUCUCACUUCUUAACAGGUGCGACGCCGCUCGGGUCGUUCUCUCUUCCGGCCUUUCGCCCAGGGUCUCUCGACUUGGACAAGUUGUUGCUAGGUGCUUGCCGAGAGCGCAGCAAUUGCCGAGAUAUUGAAUACCGGUGGUCGGAUCGGAAGCUGGACUCCCGAGCUUUGCCCAAGCGGACUGAACCGUUUUUUUUUGGCCCGCGGAGUGAUGCAGGCGUUUCCGACCGAUUGACCAGCUGCGCUGCCACGAGCGGGAAUGUUUGGUGGUCGUUGUGCCGCCGGAGUCUGCUGCCGCCGUGUCCGCGAUCGCUAACGUCGAAGGAACCCGAAAUGUGGCCGCGGUUCGUGGUGGCAGGGUCCCGUGGCGCCUGAAAUAGGAGGAACCGAACGAAAGGAACCUGAAGGCACGACGCUUUUCGCUACAGCGAAAGGAGGGCCCCGCCGACUGCCCCCCGUGCUCUUUGCGGCACCGACACCGCCUCCUGAUAGAUGAAGGCCAGCUGGGAACUUGCGCACUUCGCACUCGGCUUGUGCUUCCUCUGUUUCACAACUGUCCUAGGCAACUGGGAAGAAUGGUGGACCUAUGACGGAAUCUCAGGUCCCGACUUCUGGGGCCUGCUGAACCCAGACUGGAACCUGUGCAGCAAGGGUCGGCGUCAGAGCCCGGUCGACCUGAACCCAAACACGCUGCUCUUCGACCCCCACUUAAAGCCCCUGCAAGUCGACCCCAGCAGAAUCAGCGGCAUCAUCACGAACACGGGCCACGGCGUCAUCUUCCGCGUCUCGGACAGCCUGGCGCCGGGCCUCGCGGUCAACAUCUCGGGCGGCCCGCUCUCCUACCAGUACCGGUUCCACGAGCUGCACAUACACUACGGCCGCUCGGACGACCGCGGCUCCGAACACACCAUCGCCGGGAAGCCCUUCCCCGCCGAGUUGCAGAUUUUUGGCUACAACUCGGACUUGUACGCCAACAUGUCCGAAGCCGUGGAGCUACGAAGGAGUGAGGGCCUUGUCGGGAUCUCCAUCUUGCUCCAGCUUGGCGACUUGUCGCACUCCGAACUACGAGUCCUGACGGGCCAGCUUCAUCGGAUAACCUACAGAGGCCAGGAGGCGGCCAUGAAGCACCUCUCCAUCAAGGAGCUGCUUCCGGGUACGGACCACUUCAUGACGUACGAAGGGUCGCUCACCAUGCCUGGCUGUCAUGAGACGGUCACAUGGAUUGUCCUCAACAGGCCGAUCUACAUCACCAAGCAGCAGCUCUACCUACUGCGAAAGCUGAUGCAAGGUGACGAGCUGAACGCCAAGGCUCCGCUGUCGGACAACUUCAGGCCCACACUUCCGGUCAAUCAGAGGCUCGUUAGAACCAACAUUGACUUCAAGUGGAAACAGGGCUCCAACUGCCCAUCCAUGUACAAAAAUAUGUAUUAUCAAGCAAAUACCAAAUUCGUAGGACCGUGAGUGGCGGCGACGAACCGGAUGCCCCAAGAAGCGGGCCAAACUCCGGGUGCUGCGGGACACUUUCCGACGCCCGAGCUUCGACAGAGGAGCGUUCGCCGCCACUUGGGCCGCAUUUCAGUGCGCGCGUGUGCGUCGUUCGAAAGUGCGGCUGUGUCUGUGCGCGCAGUUCCCCAACGUGCUCCCGCUUUGCUCCGAGCAGCGUCACAGAAGAGGAGGUGUCAUAAACUUUGUUAUCCCGUUUCUUUUUAAAUCACCGCAGUCACCAGAGGACAACUGACGGUUCCUUACCAAUGAUUUGGUGCGAAGUGAGCUUGGAGAACUUACUCUUCGUUGACGCGAUAGUAGGUUCAGUGCUGUAGGCGAGUGUGCGGGCUCGCCCGCGUGAAACGUCGGAGGGGCUGUUGUAACGUACUGACGGAGGCAGCGAUAACAUUCCCGCGAAAGCUUGAGAAGGCAUCGACGAAACGUGUUUGAAGAAUCGGAGACGCCCGCCUUCAGAAAAGUUGCUGCGCACGACGAAUGCUUUUAGUGGUGCUCCUACGGCAUAAAACGCUUAAAGAGCGUGGAGCUUGAGAUGCGCUGGGGUCUGCUAUCACUACUAAGAGUGAAAUAAGUUUAAAUUCCCGGCCCAGAAAAAUUUGCGGUUUUAUUUAAAAACGGCUGCACAGUACAACGGACUAAUUUUGUCCAGUAAAAUUAGUAUUUAGCUCAAAAAACGUAGGCUACUUUGUUCAUGUUACUUGAAUAAAGGAUUAAUUUGGCGUCAAAAUUAACGUAGCUUUAUAGCACUGUUAUCGACAAAAAGCCUCGGAUGGCAUAAAAUAAUCGCUAUGUUCUAUUAAUCGUCGUUAUGCUCAUUCUGUUUGUAGUGAUGUGCUGAUGUUCCAUACUUGCAAAGAAAAAAAGAACAGCACGAGAUGUGAAAAAUCAGACAUACUAUAGCACGCGGUGUACUCGUUGCGACGACAAAUUGUCUCAACUUUAAAAGUGAUGAUGAAAAGUUUACAGACUACUUAGGAGUGUCGGAGGCCUCUAGUACACUUGUGUGUGCUACACGUGGGCGCUAAGAAAUGACGCACUAGAUUUGGAAAGAAGGGGAAGGAGGUGGAGGAAAGGAGGGGGAAGCGGACUGGGAUAGGAAUUAUCCGGCGCAAUUGAUUUUCAUCUGCUCCAGUGAUCAUCAGUUUCAGUUGCAGGCCCUUUCACGUGUCAUUAAGGAUGUUGCCUUGCUAAAUGAAACGCUUACAAAAGCGAGAAGUGUCGAUGGGCAUAAAGCUGUAAGAGACGCUGUUACUUUUCAAAAUCGCUUUUAAUAAGGCUAUUCAAAAAUACUUCGCAGGAUACUUGAGAGGCAUUCAUGCAGGCUUGAGCUGGGUAAAUUUUUAAAUUUUUUAUGACCGAGGAUAUUUUUUAAGGGGUAAAAAAAGAACCUAAGCAACAAGCGUCUGCGCACACAGCGUAUACUUUCUCAUUUAACGCCCUCUGAAGUCAGGAAGUAAUUCUUGACUGGAAGUUUAUUUCUCGUUCUUUUUCUCCCUGCCAGGGCACAUUCAUUUAAAUGUCUUAAAUACGGUGUUUGCCUAUGGGCGCAGUGUUGCCACCAGUGAUUCUUGAGGAUGAAGGUCCACACAGAGCACACGAAGCAACACAAGAUAGAGAUAGAGAAGUAGAGAAGAGAAACGGGAAGGAAAGAUGUCAAUGCAGCUGCAUCGUAACGUACAGACGCGUUGUACGCUAUGCAGAAAUGCAUCGCAUGUUUUUGUGCGUUUGUGUGUAUGCGUGUGUAGAUAUGACAUGGUGGCCCAAAGAAGCGAGACGACUGCUGUGGAACAACAGUUCUACCACCAACGGGAGAGAGAAGAUUGAUUAACGUUGCAUCUCGCGGUUUCGGCGUCAGGAUUCGGGUGCUCGAGGCUCGGAAUUACGAGCAAGGCGGGGAACGGCAUCACCACCACCAGCAACAACAGCAGCAGCAGCAACGCUACCUGAGAUGGCCUCGUCGAAUGCGACGGUUACUGUGACGCACCCACGUCAGAUUCUAGUGCUUCCUAGGACACGGACCUCUCGUUUUAUUUUGGACGACACCGUUUCGACAGAGCGUCCGCAAGACUCCCUAAUUUUUUUUGGAAGGCGCCGGCAGUCGACUGAAGCUUACGCGUGACGAAGCCGAGUGCCGCGGAACGCAUCGCUAAGCGUGCUUUUAAUUUCUGACCUGCGCGUGAGUCCAAUCAUAUUUUUUCUUGCCUCGUCCUUCUCUUGCUUUUAUUUUUUCUGCGUAGGCUUUGCAAAUGGCCCAGUACAACUCGAAAUUGAAGGCAUACGCGCACGAUAAAAAAAAAAAUGUGCAACUCUCCCCCCCCCCUCCCCCUGCAAGAAAGAACCACGAUUUCAAACUGCGAAAUGUCGAUGUCUUUUAUUUUUUUCCCCGGAGUUGGCAGUGUUUUAACAUCGCAAUUUCCUUCCACAGGACUCCAAGAUAUCAGAUUUUGAGAAAGAAAAGAACUACGUGUGUUAUGUU